AUGUCUUCCAUAACUGAGCAGCCAGUACCAGCAUUUGAUACAUUUGAUUACGUUACUGAACGAGAGCAAGAGGUCAAAGCACACACAGGAAGCAUUACAUUUGAUGGUUUAUCUGAUCCUAUUUUACUUGCGCAAGACAUGAGUGGAGGCUGUGGUGGCAAGAUUUGGAAGUGUGCUAAUAUUAUGAUUGACUAUUUCAUUUGGAAGAACAAUCAACUGCAUGGCAAGCUAUUCGAAGGCCAGAAGAUUGUUGAAAUUGGGGCUGGUACAGGCCUUGUUGGUCUGGCAGUAGCCAAGAUAUGUCCUGCUCUCAAGCAAAUAGUGAUUACAGACCAACUGCCAAUGAUGGGACUAAUGCAAGAGAACAUCAAGCUCAACCAUCUUGAACAAUCAAUGAAAGCAGAUGUUUUGAACUGGGGAGAGGCUAUACCCAACAUGUCUCAGGUCCUGGAUGCAGACGUGAUAUUAGCCUCUGAUUGUAUUUAUCUUGAGGUGGCAUUUAUUCCUCUACUAGAGACAUUUUUUGCACUAACUACCAAGCCAACAUCCAUCAUCUAUCUGACGUAUAGAAAAAGAAGGAAUGCUGAUAAACUCUUCUUUCAAGCUGCUAAAAAGAAGUUCAUCUUCAAGGACAUUACAGAGGAUCCCAUGAUGAAGGUGUACAUGAGGGACAAAACGCAUCUGUUUAGCGUGACAAGAAAACCUUUGAAUCAACAACAAUUGCAAGAUUUGCACAAGCAAAAAGUAUUAUAA